GUUUUUUCCUAGUUAUAGCUAUGCGACUCCGUACAUUACGCAUAUAACUGGGUAUCUGCUAGGUGACGGUUAGAUCUAUUCAUCUUCACCCCUUCUCUUUCCAGUCGAGAAAAAGAAAUUAAUAAAUACAUGAUAAUCAAUCACCAUUAAUUGAACCUCUGGAGAGGAGGGCGAUGAUGCACUGUGUGAGUAUUUCCUUCUCAUCAUCACGUGAAAUGGGAUGUCGAAUCUUAGUUAGGCCUCAGCUAGGCUUCCCCGCUUACCAUUUGCUUUACAACACUUGACGUUUCAGUUAGAAGCCCGCAUAGACGGACACGUCUCUUGACCAUAGACACAUUACUGAUGCCAGUUCGUUUAACAGACACCAUCUCCCUUUGGAAUCUAUAGGUACUGAAGGAGAGGGGUACCUUAUGACUUUGUCAGCUCAGGAGAACCCAUCCAGUACCUAAACACCAGACGAGAAGGAAACCCACCUAUAAGGGGGUAGAGACGCAAGAUGUCAUCAGAAGACGCCACCAGCCACCGAAACCCAGUUCCUUGGGUCGAAGAAACCGCGACACCUUUUCGGUAUAAUCCCCUGGGAGAAGAUGAGGUAAGACUCCUCGAACUCGAGCCAUCCUCCUCACCCGAGGAUCCAAUCAGGUGUAAAAUCAUCCACGCCAGUUGCCGCGGGGACCAUAAGUACGACAUCCUCUCCUGCGACUGGAGCAGCUCGUCGGAGGCGCCCGUCCCAAUAUCGCUCAACGGCCAAACCUUCGAUGCGCCGUCAGAGGUGUGGGUGGCCCUGCAGCGCGUCCGGCUCGAGACCCAGCCGCGGCUCCUCUGGACGGAUGCUAUCUGCAUCGACCAGGGCUUCGACGACCGCGGCCAUCCCGCCGACAACCCCGAGAGGCGCCUCCAGGUGUCCCGCUUGAAAGCAACCUACCAGGGCGCAGAAGGCGUCCUCGUGUGGCUCGGCAGCGCCGCGGACGACUCGCACCUCGUGUUCGAGCACCUCGAGCGCUGCAGCGGACACACACACCUCAAUUGGUGCCACUACAAGGGCGCCGCAGCGGCGGCGUACGAGCGCCUGUGCGCGCGGCCCUGGUUCUAUCGGCCCUUCGCGGCGGCGGAGCUCGCGCUGUCGCAGCGGCCCGCGGUGCUGCUGUGCGGCCGCCACCGCAGCGAGUGGCCGCACCCGACGCGGUGCUCGAGCUUCCCCGCCACCGCCGACUACUACCACCCGCCCGCCGCUGCCGGCCCCGACGGCCGCACCCACCUGCACCACCUGCGCCAGGUCGCGCGCGGCGGCCGCGUCCAGCUCCGCAGCGCCGUCCUGUGGAUGCGCCAUUGCCGCGCCGCCGACCCCCGUGACAAGGUCCUCGGCCUGCUCCUGCUCGACACGGGCCUCGCGCUCGACGGUCCCGCCGCCGCGGCGCUCGACGUCGCCGACCUCUUCGCGCGCUUCACGCGCGCCGCCAUCGAGGCGAGCCGGAACCUUGAGGUCCUCCACUGGUUCGGCGUGCCUCCGGCGAGCGCUGCCCCCGCCGCCGGCCGCCCUUCCUGGGUCCCCGACUGCGGCGCCACCGACCCCGUCGGCACGCUGCCCCGCGUCUUCGGCGCCGCCGCCAGCUACUCCGUGCACUACCCGCUCGCGCUGCUGCCGGGCUUCGGCUUCCGCCCCGGCGGUGUCCUGGCCGCGCGCGGGUACUUCGUCGCGACGAUCGCGUCCGUCGCCGACGCGCUCGGCGGCCCCAGCGCCAGCAGCAGCAGCAGCGAAGCCAUCGCGGCGGGCCUGCGCGGCUGGGAGAGCGCCGUCGCGGCAGCCGCGAGCGCGAGCGCGAGCGCGAGGCCGGCGGAGGCCACCGCCGCUGCCUUCCGCGACACCCUCGCCGCCGACGACGAGGCCGACCUCCAGGUCGAGAGCGACGCCGCGCCGCACUCCAAGAAGGUGCGGCCGCCUACGUCGCGGUGGGCCGAGCCCUUCGCCGCGUGGUACCGGCGCCACGGCGCGGGGGCGCUGCUGCCGCCGGCGGCGGACGGCGGCGCGCGAGCCGAGCGCGAGGACGCGCUGGCGAGCCGGUUCGCGCGCCGCGCUGAGGCCGUGUGCUACGGCCGCCGACUCUUCUUCACAGCUGGCGACGGCGGCGGCUCGAUGGGCCUGGCGCCGCCGCACGCCCGCCCCGGCGACCGCGUCGCGUUUCUGCCCGGCGGUCGCUACCCUUUCGUCGUGCGCGCGAGGCCGGACGGCACCUACGAGCUGCUGGGCGAUUGCUUCCUGUACGACUUGGACGUCUUCGCGCUGCGGCUCGAGGCGCAGGAGACGGAGAUCCGGUUGGCGUGA